CCCCCGCCCCUCUCUGUCUUGCUCUCUUAUAUUGGUACAUAAACAUAAACGAUCAUUCUUCUUCUGACAGGGAACAGAUUUCCACGAGUCUUGCCAGCUCUGAUUUGAAAUAAACGGACCAAAGGUGACCCCACCCUGUUCGGGUCCGACUUCAGUAUUUGGAUUCUAUUUGUACCAGGAAAUACGAUGGCAGGAAACAACGGCUUUGUGGAAGUUGGAAACAUGAACAUCAUUGGCACACUCUGUUUGUUGGGCCUGGCCACAGCUCAGACCAUUACAGACCUGACUUCCUGUAUCACAAAAGAAAACAACUUGAAGAUGGAGUGCAACUUCAACCCAGCAGCGUCAGCAUCACCACCACCCAUGUGCAAGUUUACACAAGGGAACAAGAUUGUGGGCAGUACUGACAGAGCCGAGGAGCAAGAUGCCACAUACAGACACCGUGCUAACGUCACCAUUAAGGCCAGUGUCUGUGAGCUGUACCUGACUGGACUAUCUGACAACGCCCAGGAUUUCAAAUGUACCAUCAAACAAACUGAAAUGAAAGACAAAACAGCUCGUGUAGUCAGGAAGGAAAUCCCAACCUGCUCUGCUGCACUGAGUAUCUUGCUGCAAAAAGGAACUGGGCUGUUUUUCAUUUUUAUGACCCUGCCCUUGUUGUCUGAACUCAUUUGAGUAUUAUGCCUACUGAACCUCCAAACUGGAAAUUCUGCCAUUUAGUCAGCAUCUGUUUGCAUGUAGUAACAUUCAUGGAUUCCACAUGGGCUAUACCCUAUGCACUUACAAUGUCAUUAUAAAUCAUUAUGACAAUGCUUCCAAAUACUAUACUAUCUACAAAUAUGUAAAGAGCAAAACAGUAUAGGCCUUUACUAUAUCCAUACCAUUUUAAUUCAAAUACUUCUGUGUUGCCAUGAUCGUUGUAAAAUGAUGUAAAAGUAUUGCGAGGUAUUUAGGUAAAAACAAAUUUUUUGUCAGUGUUUUGAAUUAAAAGCCUUCCAAACUUCCUCACAUUGGCACAUUUCUCAUGUUUUAUGUAAAUAUGUUUAGCCUAGGGAUUACUACAAUUGGGUAAUGUUUUAUACUGAGGUUUAAUAAACUUAACUUAGAGCCUA